AUGGCUGAACCUUGUGAAACAAAAAGUAUUUUGGCCGAUGGUAACUGCUUUUUUAGAGCAGUAGCUUUCGCUGUCAGUGGAAGUGAAGAAGAACACAGAAAAGUGAGACGAGCUGUAGUUACACACAUACUGCAAAAUGAAGAAAAGUAUGUACAGAAUCUCAGACGAGGAUACAGCUCUGUACCAGAGUACAUUGCCACAUCAAGAAUGAAAUAUGUUGGAACUUGGGCGACAGAGAUGGAAAUACAAGCAGCCAGUGAUUUAAUUGGUGUAGACAUUUUUACAUAUACUCGAGAGAAAUGGCUUAAAUAUAAAUCUUCAAACAUCUCCUCUAAUAGACACAGCUGUCAACACCAUGGAAUUUAUUUGAAACAUGUAAAUAGCUGUCAUUAUGAAGUUGUAGUAUGUGUAAAAACCAAAGACGGUAGUUGUGCCUGCUUUUGUAAAUCAUCAUUUCAAGAAUCGUUUAAUGAAACAUUAACUUUAUCUUCAAGAUCACGUACGCUUUAUAGGAAGAAACUUCAAUACAACAAUAAUAUUGAGUUCAAAGAAGAGAAAAAAAAUAAAGCAAAGAAAAGAUACCAUGAGGAUGAAAUUUACAAAAAAUCAAUAAUGAAAUCCAGCACUGAAAAAUACAAGAAAAAUGAACAGCAUAAAGAAAAAGUAAAGGCAUAUAGCGUGGAUAAAUACAAAUCAGAUGAUUUUCAUUGUGAGGCUGUGAAGACAUAUAGUGUUCAGAAAUACAGUACAGAUAUAGCACAUAGAGAGUCUGUUAAGAAUUACAGUGUGCAAAAAUACAAACAAAUUGAAUCACACAGAGAGUCUGUUAAGAAUUGUAGUGUUCAGAAAUACCUUGGAAAUGUAUCACACAGAGAGUUGGUGAAGAAGUACAAUGUUCAAAAAUAUAAGGAAAAUAAAACAUACAGGGAAAUUAUGAUAAACUAUAAUAAACAGAAAUACAAAAAUGAUAUUACUUUUGCCAAUAAUAUUAAAAUGAGAAAUGUUGCAACACGAUGUGAGGUAGACAUUAAAAGGAGGGAGAUGAACUAUGUCAUUGAACAGUUUAAAGAAAAAACAUCUACAGGUCCUGAAUAUAUUUGUUCAGUUUGUCAUCGUUGCUGCUUUAAAAUGCAGGUCAAACAUUGUAAAAAAAAAAACUAUUUUCAGAAAUCAGACCAUUGUGGUUAUAUUGCAGAGAAAUGUAUAACACUGGAUUAUCUCCAUCAGUGUAAUAAAGAGUGCACUGAAGAUUGUGUGUAUAAAAAUAGCCCUGCUGAAUCUCUAUGGAUUUGUCACACUUGUGAUAGAAAAAUUUGUGAAGGUAAAAUACCUGCUGAAAGUGUAGCUUGUAAUAAUCUAGCUUUGAAUCCAAUUCCUGCUGAAUUGAGAUGUUUAAACUCACUUGAGGAGCAUCUAAUAGCAAAGAAUAUUCCAUUUAUGAAAAUGCUGGCUUUACCACGAGGUGGACAGAACGGAGUUCAUGGUCCAAUAAUGUCUGUCCCAUCUAAUGUUACAAAAGUGGUGAAUGUUUUACCAAGGUCAGAAAAUCAUGAUUUUAUGAUACGAGUGAAGCUUAAGAGAAAACUGACAUAUAAAGGGCAUUAUGAGUAUAAAUAUAUACAUACCAAUAACAUUAAAAGAGCAUUGGCAUAUUUAAAAGAGAAUAACAAGUGGUAUACAGAUGUAGAGUUUAAUGAAACUUGGAUUAAUCCUCUGAGUAAAACAGAAGAGGAAAUGACUGAUAACAGUGACAAAAAUGAGUCUAAUUUAGACAACUGUGAGGACAUGCUUAUUAAUGAAGAGCAAAACAUUGACAAUGAUGAUAAUGAGAUGAGUGAUGAAACACUUCAUGAUCGACAGCAGCAUGGUUUAUUUAUGGAUUCAUGUUUGCAGCCAGUGGACAUUGCUCAAGAGGUCUUAGAUCAACACUUUGAUGGCAUUGUGUCACUUGCACCAGCAGAAGGCAAUAAUCCAGUGAGAAUGUUAAUGGAUGAAACUAAUGAGGCCAAAUGUUUUCCAGUUUUGUUCCCAAAAGGAAAAGGCACAUUUCAUGAUUCACGACCUGAGAAAUUAACAUUAUCUAGGUAUUUAAACAAUAGAAUUUUAAAUGCAGAUGGACGUUUUGCCCAAAACAUUGACUACAUAUUCUAUGGACAAUAUUUGUCAGAGCUGAAUCAAGUUGUCUCGAAUGUAUCUAUUGCAUUGAGGAAAGGCUAUGACCAAAGCAAGCAAACAAAAAUUACUUCAGAAAUGCUGACAGACAAAGAUUCAAUUCAAAGGAUUUUAAAUUAUGACGAGGGUUAUAAAUUUUUAAAGCCAGUGAGAGGCAGUCCUGUUUUUUGGCAAGCUGUUCAGAAGGAUUUGUUUGCAAUGGUAAGGCAACUUGGGAUCCCAACAUGGUUUUGCUCAUUUUCCUCAGCUGAUUUGCGAUGGCCAGAAUUAUUGCAGUGUAUUGUGAAACAAGAGGGUUGUCAAACUCCUAUUGAUGAACUGGACUGGUCUGACAGAUGUGGGAUGCUGAAACGAAACCCAGUAACUGCUGCCAGAAUGUUUGAUCAUCGAUUCCACUGUUUUCUGAAAGAUGUCAUUAUGUCACCAGCUCAACCCAUUGGAAAAAUAAUAGAUUAUUUCUAUCGAAUUGAAUUUCAACAACGUGGAUCACCUCACACACAUUGUCUGUUUUGGGUUGAGAAUGCACCUCAAGUGGACAGAGAGGAUGAUGAUGAAGUUGCAGCAUUUGUUGAUCGUUAUGUCACUUGUGAAAUGCCACCUGAAGAUGAAACAGAAAUGCAUGAAAUUGUGAGUACUGUCCAACAGCACAGCAAAAGACAUGCUAAAACAUGUAGAAAGAAAGGCACUACAUGUAGAUUUAACUUUCCACGUCCACCUAGCGAAAACACUUUCAUUUCAAGAAGAAGACAAAUAGAUAACAAUGACAAAACAACAGAUGAUGGACAAUGUGAAAGUAAAGACAAAAAGGUAGACAACUCUAAAGAGAUAUCAAAAGAAUUAGCUGAAUCUAUAAUGAAAAAAGUAAGAGAAUGUUUGCUGAACACUGAUGCUGUCUUUGACUCUGUUGACUCUAUGUUUGCAUCUAUUGGUAUAAAUCAAGAGAUAUUUGAAUGUGCUUAUAAAAAAAUGACAAAGAAAACAAAUGUUGUGCUGAAGAGAAAGCCAAGUGAUGUUUGGGUGAAUCAGUAUAAUAAAGAUCUUUUGCGAUGCUGGAAUGCAAACAUGGACAUACAGUUUGUUGUUGAUGCCUACUCUUGCAUAGUGUAUAUAAUUUCCUACAUUUCAAAAGCAGAGAGAGAAAUGGGAUUGCUGCUGGCAAAUGCACAGAAAGAAGCACACAAGGAUGGCAAUAUGGAUGCAAAACAAGCUUUAAGAAAACUUGGAAGUGUUUUCCUCCACAAUAGAGAGGUGUCUGCCCAAGAGAGCGUUUAUCGUUUGACUAAUAUGAGAUUAAAAGAAGGAUCGAGGAAAGUGGUCUUUAUUCCAACUGGUAAUUCAAUCAAAAUGAGUUUACCUUUAAAUAUCAUAAAUAAAAAAGCUGAAAAUGGACAAAUUGACAAUGAUGAAAUAUGGAUGAAAAGCAUCACAGACAGAUACAGAGCUCGUCCAAAAACUCAAGAAUUUACAGGAAUGUGUUUAGCGUCCUUUGCAUCAGAGUACAGAGUUCUGUCCAAAUCUGAAAAGUCAUGCACAGACCGAGUAAAACUGGAAAAUGACAUGGGGUUUGUGAGAAAAAGAACUCGAACAGAUUUUGCAGUCGUACGAUAUGCUCGUUUUUCACCAACUAAAAAUCCUGAAAAUUAUUAUCAAAGUAUUUUGGAAUUAUUCUUGCCUCAUUUUUUGCAAAGCCAACUGAAACCACCAAAUUUCACUACAUAUCAGGAGUUUUAUGAGACUGGAUUUGUAACAUUGUAUAAUGAUGAGCCUGAGUCAGUGAAAAUCAUAGUGGACACAAACAGGUCAAAAUUUGAAAAAGAAGCAGACAGUAUACAAAAAGCUCAAGAUGACUUAGAACAACAUGGACCAAUGGAAGACGCUUGGGCCCAAAUCUGUCCAGAAGCAGAACUUGAGCGUUUAGAAUGUCUGGAUACUAGAAAAGAACAACCAAUAGAAACAGAGGAAGGUGAUGAUGUCAUUCCUGAUCUAUUACCAAAUGUUCAUGGGUUCACAUUAGAAAAGAAUCCUUGUGCUAUGACAAAGAAAGAUGCAAUGUGUUUGCUGCGUUCUUUGAAUGAGAAACAGUCACAAAUCUUUUAUAAAGUGAGACAGUGGUGUCUAGCAAAAGUACAAGGUGAAAACCCAGAACCAUUUCAUGUGUUCAUAUCUGGGCCUGGAGGAGUUGGAAAGUCAGUGUUGAUUAAAGCAAUCUAUUAUGAAACCUCUCGCAUUCUAUCAAAGUUAUCAGAAAAUCCAGAUGAGACUCAUGUGCUCUUAACAGCUCCGACCGGUGUCAGUGCAUUUCACAUAAAUGCAAAAACUAUACAUUCAACUUUCUCUAUUGGAACGAAUGCUACAUUGCCAUAUCAGCCACUUGGAGAUGAAAAAAUUAAUUCCUUGAGAGCAAAAUAUGGAAAACUGCAAAUAUUAAUAAUUGAUGAAAUUUCAAUGGUUGAUCAUAAACUUUUGGCAUAUAUUCAUGGCAGACUAAGACAAAUCAAACAAACAGGAGAUUAUUCAGCAUUUGGAAAAGUCUCAGUAAUAGCAGUCGGAGAUUUUUAUCAACUUUCUCCCGUCAAAGGAAAACCACUUUAUACUGAACCAGUGAACAGUGUGAAUCUUUGGGAAACUCACUUUAGUGUUGUUGAACUCACAGAGAUCAUGAGGCAGAAGGACAAAGAAUUUGCUGAAUUACUAAGUCGUUUAAGGCUACGUAAAAAGGAUGAACCAAUGCGUGAAGAUGACGUUGCUAUGCUUAAAAAAUGUGAAACAGGUGAUGGUGAUGAUAGUACAGACAUCCACAUUUAUGCAACAAACAGUGAAGUUGAUGUACACAACAUACAUAUGCUGCAUAAAUUAUGCUCGGACACAGUUACUGUAAAAGCACAAGACUUUGAGAGAAAUGCUAAAACUGGCCGAAUGGAAGAAAAAGAUGGGCAUCAUUUCAGAGUUCAUAACAGCUGUUUAGAAAAAUCCCUUGAAUUAGCUAUUGGUGCUCGAAUAAUGCUUAUAAAAAAUAUUAAUGUUUCAGAUGGUCUUGUGAAUGGAGUUUUUGGGACAAUUAAAGAAUUCUGUUAUGAUGAUAAUGAAACAUUUCCCUCGAAAAUAUAUAUUGAAUUUGACAAUGAGCAAGUUGGUAAAGAAGCAAGAGCCAAACAUCCGUGUUUAAAACCUGGACUGGAGAAAGCAACACCAAUUGAACCUGAAGAAGAGAAAGUAACCAAUGAUGGUGGUGUCAGAAGGCAGUAUCCUAUCAGAUUAGCUUGGGCUUGCACAGUUCAUAAAGUACAAGGCCUAACAGUGGACAAAGCUGUUGUUUCAAUGAAAAAGAUAUUUGCUGCAGGACAAGCAUAUGUAGCAUUAAGUCGAGUGACCUCUCUUGAUGGACUCAUCAUAGAAGAUUUCAAAGAAAACGUUAUUUUUGCAAAAGAUAACAUUGAGCAAGUACUACAGAAUAUGCCUCCAUUCAUUCUUCCAU